AUGACUGUUAAACAUGAAAACGUUAAAUGGGUUGAUGGUUUACGAGGAAUCGCAUCACUAUUAGUAGUUUCUACUCAUAUCGCCCGAGCCUUCGAUAGCGAUCUUUUCCUCCCCAGUUCCGGAGAAGGACUUCGACCUCGCUUUCUUCAACUUCCUCUUCUUCGAGUUCUCGUUCAAGGACGUAUUGGCGUUACUAUUUUCUCCCUCGUAACGGGAUAUGUAUGCGCUCUUAAACCCAUUCGACAAUGUCGAGCUGGGAACCAAACCGCUUGUUUCAGUACUAUUUCUCGCUCGGCUUUUCGUCGUGUUCCUCGCUUGGUUUUACCAACUACUAUUGCGACUACGAUUAUUUGGUUUUUGUGUCAAUUUGGCAUUUAUAAAAUUGCGAAGAGAUCAGAUAGUUGGUGGAUUGAAGCCACGUCCCCGGAUAUCACGCCGUAUUUUGGUGAUGCGGUAAAGAGUUUGUUGUAUCAUUUGAUUACGACUUGGACGAGAGGUUGGAAUAUUUAUGAUGGGAAUCAAUGGACUUUAUUGCCGUUGUUGAAGGGUGCAAUGUUGGUUUAUGUUUUUAUGUUGGGGACGGGUGGGAUGAAACCGAGGUAUAGAAUGAUGUCUAGUAUGGCGUUGUUUGUUUAUUUUUAUGUUGCGAAUGAUUCUGCAUUUGGAAUGCAAUUCUUUUUCGGAACGUUUCUCUCCGACCUCUCUCAACAUCCACCACAUACCCAAUGGCUCACAACAGUCACAUGGCCGCGUUAUUAUUUAGCUCCCGCACUGAUGCUUCUGGGUUUAAUAUUCGCCUCUUACCCAGAAGGUAAACCCGAACUUCAACCCUGGUCUCAAUCCCUCUAUAAGCUCUCACUCUGGAUUUUCCCCAACGAUCCGGAUAUCCCACGUUAUUACUCUGGCAUCGGUCUCGAUUUAAUUGCCCUCGGUAUCCAUUUCUCCCCCUUAUGUAAAGAUUUCCUCUCAAAUCGCUAUCUCCUCUGGUUCGGAAAAAAUAGUUUCGCAGUCUACCUUAUUCAUGGAACUCUUUUGAGAACAUUAUUAAUAUGGAUGUUAUAUGGUGUAUCAAUGCCUGAAGAUACGGUUAACGAGAAGGGAGAAAUGGUAAAGGGUGUAUUGCAUAUGUGUGGUAGAUUGAGAUGGUAUUCGAUGUUGUUGAUUUGGUUUGUCAUUUUGUAUGCCUUGGCAAAUGCGUGGACGAAAUGGGUAGAUCCUUGGUGUGGGAGGGUUACUCAGAGAUGUGAGAGAUAUGUUUUUGAGGAGGAUGGAGGUGAGGAGAGGGGAGGUGGAAGUGGAAGUGGGAGAAUGCAGAAUGGAGGGGUGGAAAAGGGAUUACUUGGUUGA